AAAAGAUGCAAGUUAAUACUAGUACAUUAGAAGAAUAUACUUGUAAGAUUGCAUAUUAUUGUUCAGUUGAUACAUUACGUUGUCAUGAAUUAUUAUUAAAAAGAAACAUAAUAGAAGAUUAUAUUCAAAUUGCUAAAUAUACAAGUAUUACUAUAUCAAAUGUAUUUACUAAUGGUGUAGGAUGUUUGGUAAAUAAUUUAUAUGGACGAUAUUGUGCUAAAAAAGAUAUGCUAAUAUCUAUGAUUCGAAAAGGAAGGAUUGAGAAAACAAAAUAUGGUGGAGGAUUAGUCAUAUCACCUGAAAUGCCAUCAAUAGAAUUUUUAGGACAAUUUGUACUAGUUGCAGAUGUAGAUUUUGGAUCAGAAUAUCCAAAUGUGAUAAUUAAUUCGAAUAUAUCAAAUGAUACUUGUGUAGACAUUAAUUCAAACAAUCCUAACCUUAAUGUAAUAACUGAUAAUUUUAAAGUAUAUGGUAAAUAUAUACCUCAUAAUGGAGAUAAAACAAAAAUGGGAAUUAUCCCUUUGAUGUGUGAAGAAUUAUUAACAGCUCGUAAAGAAACAAAACAAAUGAUGAAAUUAUAUAAAAAUAAUGAGCAAUUAUAUCCAUACUACAAAUCAAAAUCAAAUGCAUUAAAAGUAUUAGCAAAUUUAAUUUAUGGAGUUACAGGAUAUAUAUAUUCACCAUUAUAUAAUAAACAAGUUGCAUCAUCAGUGACUGCUUCAGCUCGUUCCUUUACUCGACAUGUUAUGGAAAUUAUAAAGUUACAAGGAUGUAAUGUAGUUUAUGGUGAUACUGAUUCUGUUUUUUAUACAUUACCUACAAACAUGUUAAAAAAAAUUCAUGACAAAUAUAAACCAAUAGACAAUCCAGUAAUUAAAAAACAAUUUUGGACUGAAAUGAUUAAUGAAACAAUCAGAUUUUCUAAAGGUCUUCAAUUACAUAUAAAUGAAGUCUUAAAAAAAGAAACAGGAUAUUCAUAUUUAGCUGUAGUAUUAGAAAAAGUUUUAAUGCCUGAAAUAUUUCCACAGAAAAAAAUGUAUUUUGGAAUCAAACAUGAAGAAUAUGCAGAUUUUGAUAAUCCAAAACUUUUCAUGAAAGGAAGAAUCAUUAAAAAAAAUGCAACAAAAUUCUAUCGAACUAUUUCUACAGACAUCAUAUGGUCAGUAUUAGGAUUUAAAGAUCAAAAAGAAAUCUUAAUGAAUAAUGACAAAAGUAUUGAACAAAUUAUUAGUGAAGUAGUCAAGAAAUAUAUUGAUGAAAAGGAUUUGAAUUUGUUUAAAUUAACAGAUAAAUAUAAUCCUGAUUUCAAACGUGGAAAUACCAAAGUAAUUAAUUUUGUAACUCGAAUGAGUGAUAAACAUCGAAUUGAAAUCGUAGCUGGAAGAUUUUAUUAUUAUAUAAUGACACAUCAAGAUAAAAAAGCACAAAUGUAUGAAAAGAUGUGGCCAUGUUCUAAAAUUAAAGAAGAUCAAAAAUUUGAUUACUUAUAUUAUUUUAAAUCAUUACGAGAUAUUUGUGCACCAUUAUUAAAAAAAGAAAUAGAAGAAACUGAACAAUUUCUUGAGAUGAUAUAUAAUGAAAAUCUAAAAUGUUCAAAACAAACUACAUUAGAUGAAGCUUGGAAUAAUUUAGAGAAAAAAUUAGUAGAAACAAAAUUCAUAAGUAACAAAAAGAAACGUAAACCAGUAAAAUUAGAUAUUCUUAUAUCAAAACGAAAUCAAAUCGAUUACUAUUUUCAAAAGAAAAAUUAA